AUUACCUUUCUGCGUUGUUGUCCCUCCCUUUAACAUUUCCAACAUUCAAUCCUAAAACCCCGUUUGGUAGGAAAUGUCUGAAAUCACCGCUCUAAAUCAGAUAAAGCAAGAUACACAGCUUCUUAAAUCCUCUCUCAAGACAUUAAAAGAAGAUUGCUCGCAAUUCUUCUCUGAAUUUGAAAGAUCUCUAAAUGAAAUCAAGAAUGUAUUGAAUACACAAAUAAGUGAACCACAGCCCACUGCUAUGAAAAGGAAACUUUGUUCAGAUGUUGAUUAUAAUUCAGAUAAUUUCAAGAGUAUUGGAAUCUUUAGGAGUUGUUUUUUAACCAAAAACGGUACCCCCAGGCAGCCAGGAAUCUGUCCUUAUGCCCGUGGAACACUGACUAUAAAUUGUUUUAACAAUCCUGAACAUUCUUUGGACAGUUUAUCCCAGUUUUCUCACGUCUGGUUGUUAUUUCUGUUUCAUGACAAUGGGAUCUAUGUUGCAAAAGCUAAAAUCUCCCCACCUCGGCUAAAUGGUACAAAAGUUGGAGUUUUUGCCAGCAGAUCUCCUCACAGACCCAACAAUAUUGGUAUGAGUUUGGUUAAACUUGACAGUAUAUCUGGUGGGACCAUGUUUUUGUCAGGGGUUGAUCUUAUUGAUGGCACCCCUGUUCUGGACGUCAAGCCUUACAUUUCAGUAUACGAUACACCCUCCGUACCGUCGACUUCAGCACCCUGGAUCAACAAUAUUCCAACAAUAGAUAAAACUGUCAUCUUCUCACACCAUGCAGAUUGUGUCUUGGCAAUGUUGAAAUAUGCUCCGGAUGGAAAUAAGAUAUUGUCAAAUCGAAGUGUUAAAAAAAGUGACUGUUUGAGAUUCUUCAGAAGUGCGGAUGAAUUAAAGCAGAGUAUCAUUGAUAUUAUCUCCGCUGAUCCACGGUCAGUGUUCAGAAAGAAGCAGGGUGACACUAUCUUCUGUUUUCCGGUUGAUUCAGUUGAUGUCAAGGUUGAGGUUAAGGGUGAAGAGGUUCAUGUAUUAGAUAUCAGUCAAACUGAUUACGUAAGAAGUUUAUUAAAGAACGUGAGUACUUGAGAAUUAAAGUCUUGAUGUUUAGAAUCCAUAAAGCUUACUGUACUGUGUAAGGGGAAUAUAUUUGGCGCGUGUCG